UUUUGGGAAGUUCAGAGUGCCUGGUUGAAAUCAAUUUUAAUACCAGUAGGCAGCAGGAUCAACAUGCUUUCAACAUGAGUGUACUGGUUCCUCCUAGGCUUUUGUCCUCAUCCUUGACGUCCUGUUCUCAUGUUUGAUGGCAUCUUGUACGGUUAUCCUUUUAUUCUUGUCUGCUUGAGCUUUAAGUCAGCGUUAUGAAAUGGUCGGCAUUUGUCAGAGCUGUCAGUCCCUUGUAGAGCAGGCUCUAGAAUCACGACACCGGUAUGGCAGCGAACAUGCCGAUCUGGACUUGAAGACCCUCCUCUCUCGUCGAUCGUCCUGCACAUUCUGUGACUUUAUUUUGAGGAUCUUUUAUCCAAGCUCCAGCUAUGGCGCCAACAAUCCGAGUCCAGAGAGUACUAUACUUGCGAUGUCAACUGCCAUAGGCUCUUAUUGGGACCGAGCUCAAUAUGUUCCUUUGAAGAGGCUCGAAUUGACAGUAUUCGGGGACGAUGAUGGCUUGGGAGGGACGGAAUCAACCAAAUCAGCUUUCGUCCUUCCGCUCCGUCCCCCUGGGCUAUCGUCCCUUUGUUGUGGAAGACGAGUCAAACCGAGCCUAGAUUUUGGCCUCGUCCAAGAGUGGUUAGAUCUCUGCGAUACGAAACACUCUCACUCUUCCCAGGAACCGUCUGCUGAGGCGCUUGCCCUUCCAUUCCGUUUGAUCGAUACUCAGAAAGCAUGCGUUGUGGAGUUAGAGAUUACCUCCAGAUAUGCUGCUCUGAGCUAUGUUUGGGGCGAUUGCAAAAGGCUAUUGUUGAACAAAGAUACAUAUCCGAUGUUGACAACGCCCCAUGCUUUGGACUCCUCUCGGACUGAAGUGCCCGCGACGUUCCGAGACGCGAUUGAGCUUGCACAGCGGUUGGGCUUUCAGUAUCUUUGGAUUGACGCUCUGUGCAUCGUCCAGGAACGAGCUGAGAGCGCCUUCAAGAAUCACUUGAAGUUGAUGAACGAGAUUUAUGACAAUGCUCAACUCACUAUAGUGAGCGGCAUGCCAAACGCCGAAACCGGAUUGCCCGGCAUGAGAUCGCACCCUAGGUCUCCAGUUCAACAGGAGGUGACCCAUGGAGACCUUCACUUUUCCAGUGCGCAACCUUUCGCUCAAGCUAUCGGAAAUUUACCGUGGGAAAGUCGCGGCUGGACACUACAAGAGAAGAUCUUCUCAACGCGGCUCCUUAUCUUUACCGAAAGCCAAGCAUUUUAUCAAUGCCAGAGUGCAGUUUGGCAGGAGGAUACGAUCCUCGAGUCCGAAGCCCUCGGUCUUCCCCAAUUAUAUCUUGAAGAGCACAGCCGUGAGGGACACAAGUCUUUUGAGCAGCCAGGACACGCCAAAUACAGGAGGUCAAUGUCCGAUCCAUUUCCGACGUCUGGGUACAAGUCCACCAUAACCGUCUACUCCCAGCGUGACCUCACCAACGAUGAGGAUGUUUUGUUUGCCUUAGAAGGGAUCUUGUCCAAUCUAAAGCCGCGACUCGGUCCUCAUUUUUCGGGUAUACCGUCCUUGAUCUUUGGUGAAGGACUGCUGUGGAGAUUUGAGGAUCCACGGACCCUUCAGCGACGAAUAGAAUUCCCAACCUGGUCAUUCCUGGGCUGGAAAAGUCCAGAGAAAUAUCCAGUCUCCUUUCAGGAGGCUUGUUCGAGACGUACCAACUUCCACAUUUCCUUCCAUCGCCUGGAUUGGGCGAAGGGGGAUCUUUCCCCGUCCCUACGUUUGAUUGAAAGCCAGCCUGGAAGCUCCAGUGAGUACGGUGGGCAGACCGAGGAAUGGCCACGAUAUCGCAAGCCAGCUUUCAGACCACUGAAGCGCAUUUCAAUUCAGCUUCUAAACAGAGUAUCGACGAGUCCAUCUUCGUCCUCUGUGGCUAAGAGAUCGCUUAGUUUUGACCCUGCGAAAGAUCACCUCUCACUCACGCUCUCUCCCGUUGCGAUAAAUGGAGCUCAAUAUACAUCGCAACUGAAAAUCAGCCGGCAAAGUUUAAGAUCAGUGGUCUCGCAGACGAUCUGCUUCCUGACAAUGACAGCAAAGCUUCUUAUUGCCGAGGAGACUCUUAUAUCGUUAGAUCCAAAACUGCCAAACGAAGGUCACAUUAUUCGAAAUCCUGUCUCUUUGGAGGAGAUAGGAACAAUUGUGCUCCCUGAGUUUUAUCAAGUUGAACAAUCGAAAUUGGGUGAUUUCAUCGUCGUAAAUACGGGAAUGACAAGUUUGUCAAGGAAGAGCAGGCGAGAAUAUUUAGAGGGUGAGGACGAGAUUGAUGAGGUUGAUGAGGAGGUGAUGUCUGUGAUGCUGAUUGAGUAUCGGGAUGGCAUAGCAUAUCGAGUGCAACUGUGCGAUGAUGUCGUACUAUUGAACAAAUGGAAGAGUGUCAAUCCAAAGUGGCAGGCGAUUGCAAUGGCUUGAGGAGUGAGGGAGUCGAACUGACUUGUUGAGUUUUCAAGAUUAACAUGAAAGGGGUCAUAUUCGCCUAAGUUUACAUAUCAAUCAAUUAAACCAACUUGCCUUCAAGGCAGCUAAGAUGGUCAAGCCAGUAAAUAGCAGUUAUCCCGGGACGGUAGGCCGGGACAGGAGAUUUACCG